AUGAAUAAACAACAGCAGAUCCAAGCAAAAGUGAAACAAGCGUUUUCUGCGUCGUUGAGUCCAUUGACGCAAAAUGUGAUGAUGUUGCUUAUGGCGUGGAUUAUGGGGUCUUCUGUGAGUUACAUUAGCAUCAUGUUUACUUUUAUGUUGGUCUCCAACUUUUUUGCGUCACUUUCUAAGGUCAACGAAGUCUUUGCCAAAUUUGAUGUGCUAGAGCGUGGGAUGUUACUGAUUUUCAAAGGAUUGUAUAUCUUAUGUUCAUCGACUACACUCCUUUUGGCUAUUUAUAAAUUCAGUAACAUGGGGAUCCUCCCUAACAAACCUUCCGAUUUCAUUCCGUCACUCUCCGUGAGAGUCGUUUGUUCUUUCUUUGAUUGUAAAUACUUGUCAAAAGGUAGUAACAACAAGCCAGUACAACAAAUCGUGAUUUGA